AUGGAAAGGAAAAAGAAAGCGCCAAUAAAUGUGAUUAAGGAAUGGCCGCGUGGUUUCCCGAAUUCCCGUGACCAUUUUCUGUUUUUAAAGCCCCCUACUCUCCCCCUUCUUUCCCUCUUCCUCUCUAAUUUCCUCUCAUUCCCUCCCUUCACCCUACUUCCCUCCACCGCCGUCGCCGUCGCCGUCGCCGUCGAAUUCAUCCUUCUAAUUCCUCUAUCUUUGUUUCCGAAGGCGAGAUAUAAGAGACCGGAGAUUCGUUCUCUUUCAAUUUUAUCCAUGGCGUUGUUGUCGAUCGGUGGCGCGAAUCCCGAAUCGACUAGUACAGCCGGCGCGUCUUCCGAGGAAUUUCAACAGCAGCAGAGGAGAAAACGGAGAAAAAUUGCGCACGAUUCCGAUUGCGCCUCCACCAGCGGCGGGGGAUGUGUCGGAGAGGAGAAACCGAGGAGAUGGAGGACGGAGGCGGAGCACCGGAUCUAUUCCACGAAGCUGCUCGAAGCUCUGUGGAGCUCUCGACGGAGCAGCUCCUCCUCCUCCUCUGUCUCCGCCAACGGUAAGCAGGUGAGGGACGCGGCCGAUAGAGUGCUGGCGGUCGCCGCUCGAGGCUCGACGCGGUGGAGCCGUGCGAUUCUCGCGAGUCGCCGGAGGCUGAGCAGAGUCAGGAAGGUGAGGAGAGCGCGGGUGAUCGGCGAGGCGAGGUCGAUUGAGAGGCGGAAGCAGAAUUUGCUUGCGGCGGCGGCGCAGGUGGAGAGGAAGAGUAAAUCUUCGUCCCCGCAUCCUCCGCCGGCUGUGGAGAAGCGAAUCCGGACGCUGAGCCGGCUGGUUCCUGGCUGCCGUAAGGCGCCGUUGCCGAAUCUGCUGGAGGAAGUCGGGGAUUACAUCGCGGCGCUGGAGAUGCAGGUCAAGGCCAUGGCGGCCCUCGCCGAGAUUCUCGCCGCUGGCGGCGGCGGGACUGCUCGGGGUCCGGAGGUUAGCGCCCAAUAAUAAUAAAAUGAUAAUCAUACCCCGGAAAUCCGCCGCCGCUCCGUGGAAUUAGCAAUAGCAGGUGUUUUAUUUAUAUUAUAGAUUAAACAGUUUUCCAUUCUGUUAUAUUUUCCCCCCAUUUUGUAUCCUCCUCUUUCUUGAUUAUUGAUUCUUGGUUCUUCAUUCUGUACAUGUAGUGAUUCUUUUUCAUUUUGGUCCCUAUUUCUGUUCCAUUUUCCUCUUGCAAUGUUCCUCUUUGCAAUGCCAACUCAUAUAUCUUGUCAUUUGGUAUUAGAAAA